UUUUCUUCUUUUUCUUUAUAAAUGAACACUGAAACACAACAUAUGCAUUUUAUUCAGCCAAUGACGCCUAUGGAGUCCUUAUUGAGUGCUAUCGACAAUGCAAAGCCUAUUCAUCUUCCUCAGCCAAAUAACAAACGAAGUCGACCUUCAUCACCUCAACAGUCUAUGUCGAUUGAGAGCAUUUUGGAUCAUCAUCAUGAGCGACCAUUUAAGAGACAAAACUAUCACCCUGUAUCUCCUCCACCUCAAUCUCCACCUUUGACUUGUAAGAAAAUGUCGACUGUGACCUGUUAUCAUGCAUCUGUUGCUCAAAAAUCUUAUGGUUCAGAAAAACGAUUUUUAUGCCCUCCACCUAUUGUGAUGAUGUCAAAUCAACUGAGUCAUACACCUCUUGUCUCAAUGACAGUCGUAUGCGAAACAGGCGAUCGACAACUUGAACAGCGAGCAUUACUAGAUGAAAACCUGAAGGGUAGUUUUAAAUACCUAUUUGUUACUGGCACAGCAAAAGCAAAGCAGUUCUGUUUACGAGUCAAUCUAACAAAACAACAACAACAACAAUCUUAUGCUUCUUUCUUUAGUUCACCUAUCUCUAUCAUCUCUAAACCUUCGAAAAAGACAGCAAAAGCACGUAAUAUCUCAACUUGUCUAUUUAACAAUGCCUAUGUAUCACUCUUUAAUCGCAUUAAUUCACAAACUGUACGUACAAAAUACCUGACGACUGAAAACAAGCAAAUGUGCGCUAAACAUGCCUCUUGGUCUCCAUUUGAAAUCAUAGUGGUGCGUCAACCUAAUCAAGCCUUAAAUCCUGAUAAUCACAGUGUGUCUGUGCCCAUCACUUAUGGUACAGAAAUCAUCCUCAAGGACGUUCAUACGGGCAUUUCCUCCCCUCCUUUAAUUAUCCGCAAAGUAGACAAAGGUCGUAUUGUCAAUCAUGCCUAUGGUUUGCUAUCUCAGAUGCAGAAGAUUGCUUUACAACUCGCUUCGUCAUCAUCCCAGGCUGAACCCUUGUAUUUGAAUGCCAAUGGUCAAGCCAUGCAUCAUCAAGAAUCAGACAACCAUUCAAACCACAACACAAGUGCUUGGAUUGACUUCUCACCCUCGAAAAUAGUCCAAGAAGCAGAAACAACAGAAAUUGUCAGUGACUAUCUAUGCUGGACAAUUGUCGGUAUCUCUAAAUUUGAAUACUCUUUUUCAGAGACCAAUAUGCCUAUCGAAACAACACAAAGACAACUCUCUCCUCCUCCUUCACCACCCAGAUCAAUCAUGCCCUAUCCUCUCAUUCAUUCUGUUGAUUAUGCACCUUCAUCACAUGCUUUAAAAAUCACUGGACAACACUUGACUCAUGGACGCCUAUUAGAAUUCUGGCUUGGUUCUCAUGGUCCCCUUAAAGCCAAAGAAGAAGCAAAAGACCAGGUGCUGAUUGAAUUACCAGACACUCAAAACUUAACUACUGAAUUACCUUUAUUGCUUGUAAGACAGGAUGGAUUUGUAUAUCAUUCAAACAAAUCUCUUUGUUACCAAUCUAAUCAAUGGUCUAUUAUGGACACUACUUUUUAAUAUACCUCUCUGUAAAUAAAAGAUAAGCUUAUCCCUCCUAUCAUCUGAUCUUAUCACUAUAAACCCAUUUUAAGAGUGGGAAAAAAAAUUUCCCCGUUUGUCAACCCCUCCCCCCCCC